AUGGAGAGCGCCACCGUGCAGCCGUACGUCGACGUAGACAAGGGCUUCGCCAUCGGCUUUGUCGUGCUCAUGUGCCUCUUCUUGAUGGCCAUGAUGGUGCGGUGCGCCAGGCUGGUGGUGGACCCCUACCGUGCCAUCCCCACCUCCACCUGGGAGGAGGAGCAGAUCAACUGA